AUGUUGUCGCGAGAAUUUAAACGUCGUUAUGACGGGCUGGCAAGCAGGGUCUUUUCUUCCUGCUUUUUAAAUGAUUAAUUCAAGGUAUUGACUAAGAUUGCGUUGUUGCAGUCACCAUGUCAGACAACAUUCUUGUGGCUGUGCGAGUGAGACCACUCAUUACGAGAGAGGUGUCUGACUCAUCAACCAUCCAAUGGCAGACGGGUACAGACGACACCCUCACCCAAAUUGACCCAUUAACACAAAAGCCUUUGUGUGUUCCAUACAAAUUUGAUCGAGUCUAUAGCUCAGAUUACAACAAUGCAGACAUAUACUUUAAAGUGGCAGAGCCUAUUGUGGAGUCAGCUCUGGCUGGCUUCAAUGGAACCAUUUUUGCUUAUGGACAAACAUCAUCAGGAAAGACCUUCACCAUGAUGGGAAACCGUGACCUCCCCGGUAUCAUCCCAAUGGCAAUCCAAAACAUUUUCAAUUCAAUUGAGAACACACCUGACCGGGAGUAUUUGAUCAGGGUCUCGUUCAUGGAAAUCUACAAUGAGAACAUCACAGAUUUGCUUGCCUCACGUGAAUCUCGUGGCAAAAGCUUGAGUGUACGAGAAGAUAUUUCAGGCAAUGUAUAUGUUGCUGACUUAAAGGAAGAAUGUGUAAACUGUGAAGAAAGUUUGUUAGCCUUGAUGAGAAAAGGAGACAAGAAUCGCCAUGUUGGAAAUACAAACAUGAAUGAACGUAGCUCAAGAUCACACACCAUAUUCCGUAUUAUUUUAGAGUCACGAGAACGCACUGAAGGUGAUGGCAGUGAUUCAGCUGUAGUUGUCUCUCAGCUAAAUCUGGUUGAUCUUGCUGGUUCAGAGAAUGCAUCCCAGACUGGCGCCACUGGGGAAAGGCUUAAAGAGGGAGGCUUUAUCAACAGGUCCCUCUUCAUGCUUGGACGGGUCAUUUCACAAUUGAGUGAUGGAGAGCAGUAUGUAAAUUUCCGUGACUCUAAGCUGACACGAAUUCUACAGCUGUCAUUAGGAGGAAAUGCCAAGACUGCUAUUAUAUGCACAGUUACUCCAGCAGCUGUAGACCAAACACAUUCUACUUUAAGGUUUGCAUCAAGAGCCAAAUCGAUAAAAAAUAAGCCUAUUGUGAAUGAAGUUUUGUCUGAGGCCGCUCUGCUGAAGAGAUAUGCAAAACAGAUUAAGAAGUUAAAGGAGUCUCUUGAAAAAGAACGCAAUACUGAUAAAGCACAAGAAGUUGAACAGGUGCGUGAGAUGUUGGAUGAGCAGUCCCGCAAGAAUGAAGAUCUUCAGGCCAAAGUGACAGAGCUAAAAACUAUGUUAGUAGUAUCUAGCCUCCCAAAGGAAACGGAUAAGAAGAUCAUUGACAAGAAGAAAAGGCUCCGCCGUGAGACAUGGGCAGCCCCAGCAGCAUCCAGAGCCAUGAGGAGGAGUAUGGCUCCACUGAGGAUCGAGCCCCUGAAUCUAGAUCAUGAAUUUGUGCGGCCGGAAUUGCCACCUUGGAAAGAUUUGGGAACGCUUGCCGAAGAGUCUUCCAAUUCUUCUCAAAGCCCGCCCCUCAACUGCUCAUCUGCAUCUGAUGGUUUUGGAAAAGAUGACCAUAGUUUCAGCAUGGAUAUGGCUGAACAGUCAAAAUUAGGAAAACUGGAGAACAGCUUCAAUACCCCAGAAAUUUUGGGUUCAAAGAGGAAGAGAAGAGUCCAGUUUGAUUUCAAUCUCCCACCAAGUUUCAUUGAUGCUGAGUGUCAGACUGAAGAGAGUUUGCUGCCAAAAAUAAACCUGCUGCGCUCUCCAUAUCCAAGUACGCCAAAGAAAGGUGCAGGUAUCCCUCCUGGUUCACCAGGAACUCCAGCUCAUGUAUUGAGAGCAAGAAAUACAGAACUGAAACUAAAGUUGGAGGAGCAGAACGAGUGGUUGCAGGAGUGGCAGGCAGAACUUAGUGAACUUCGAGACUUUCAAAAGGUGGAGCUGCAGUUGCUGGAAGAGAGUUUCCAGUUGAAAGUGGCUGAUGGACCUAUUGAUAACACCAAACUCGACUCUCAGGCUAAAGAAAUAUCUUCUCUAAAGCAUUCUUUGAAAGACUCUGAAACUCUCUUACUGGAUGCCAACCGAGCUUUGUGUCAGAAGAGCCAGGAUUUGGCCAGUUUGCAAGAACAGUAUCAGGAACUCAUGGAGGAAAAUGAAAGAAGAUGUGGAUAUGAGACAGAACUCUUCAAUUUGCAAGAGGAAAACAUACUGUUGAAGAAAUCAUUGGAGGAAAAAGACAGAAGCAUAAAACAGUUUAAGAAUGAAAAGCAAGACUUUGACAUGGUGAUGGAGUUGGCACUGGAAAAGCAGAAAGGCAAAGAGAGUGAUUUAAGGAGGAGUUUGGAGGCUGCUUGGGAAGAGCUAGCUAACCAUGAAAGCACCACUGUGGAUGUAGUUCGAAGAAGGAGUAUGCAUGUUUCUCAACUGGAGAAGGAACUAAAUGAGCUUCGUGAGAAUCAAGCAGAAAUCCAAGAGCUGAAAUCAAGUAAUGCUGAACUGAAACAACAACUGGAGGCAUCACAGCAAGAGCAACAAGCCACUCAGCAAUUGGCUGAUGAACAGAACUUGAAGCUCCAAGAGAUGAUGAUCUUGAUGGAUAAGCUAAGAGAACUAGAUGAACAAGUCUCUCGCAUUGAAACCUUGGAGAGUGAACUCCUGAGAGUGCAGUCGGAGCUAGAGAGUAAAGAACAGAAGAACCUGCAUCUACAGGAGACUGCCAAUGCACUCCAGAUGCAGCUAGAAGAGCGAGAAUCCCAGGGAACUGCCACAAGGAUUCGUGAGCUGGAAGAAGAGAUUGAGAAUUUGCGUGACAGUGCAGCUGCAAGUAAUACAACCUGUAAGCCUCUGCAGCUACUUAAUGCAACACAAGCAGAAUGUACUACAGUGUCAUCUGAAAUCUCUCGAAAGUUAUCUGAGACUCUACAGGUGUUAGAAGAAUCCAUAAUGCUACCCUCAACUCCUAACAGAGGUUCUGUUAGCUCCAUGGAUGAACCUUUCUUCCAAAUGCAAGACUUCAUUAUCAUCAAACAGCAGCUGUUAGCUCUGCAGGAGUCACUUCUUGCACAAGAGCAGCAACAGCAAGUGCAACAACAGAAAUUUGAAGAUCAUAUAAAAGAGGAUGCUUUACAUAAACAACAGUAUCAUUCUCAGAUUAUUGCUGAAAUAGAAUCACAGAUCAAUUCAUGGAAAAUGGCAGAGGCACUUUGUGCAGACUACAUUGCCUAUUCUCAUGCUCCUUUCACCCAUACCAGUUCCAAAGGUUAUGCUCAGUCAGUACAUACUCAUGAAUCUUAUGAUGAUAAUGUUGCACAAGAAAUAGAUAAAGCAGUUCAAGAAGUUAAAGAGCAGGUACAAGCAGAGUAUGAGGCUAGAUUAAAGGAAGAACGUGCUGAGUUUGAGGCUAGGUUGAAGAAAGAAUCUAGAAUAGGAAAGGACUCAUUACAGGCUGCCACACUUAGUCUUGCUGAUGAACUAAAGGACGCUGGCAUGAACAUGACUCUUUGCAAUGAGACAUUUGAAACCUCUAUUCUCAACCUUGAAAAUGAUUCCUCACAGCUAGAAGUACAAAAACUCAAGCAACAAUUAGACAUGCUUAAUAGAGAAAAUAGUGCACUUUUGGAUCAAGUAAAACAGCUAUCAGAAAUUCAUGGUAAAAAAAGGGAAGUCCAUAAUUGUUCCAGUUCUCCACAGUCUCUAGCUGAUGAAUUACAUCAAGUUGGGAUGAAUAUGACUAUGAAUAUUUGUGAUGAGACCUUUGAAACCUCCAUUUUGAAUCUUGGGACUGACUCAUCCAUUCAGGAAAUCAGUCAGCUGAAGCAUCAGUUACAGCUGCUUGAACAAGAAAAUAUUAACCUCAGUGAGCAAGUAAAACAGCUAGAGCUUCAAAGGUCAGAGUCUCAGAAGGCAAAAGAGCAGGUAGAAAUUGAACUGCAAGGUAUUAUGAAAGAAAAAGAGGUUUUAAAAGCCAGUUUGAAAUCAAAUGAAGAGGAACUUUCUGAUAGCAGGAUAAUAUCGGAGGAAUGCCACAGUCUCCGCUGGCAGGUUAAUUCUUUGAAACAUGAUAAAUCUGAUCUUGAAGCAGAGUUAAAACUAAUGCAGGAGGAAAAUGAAAAUCUGGAACAAACAAUAAAUGACAGCAUGAAGAAAGUAGAGGCGAAUGAGGAUAAUAUUUCAGAGAAAACAACAGAUCCUCUUGAGGGAGAGCAUAUAGAUAACAGUCAAGAUCUCCAUAAGGCUCAAGAACAGAUGGAGUAUCUUCAGAAUGAAAAUAAAAGACUAGAAGAGGAACUGAAGAAAUACACAGCAUCCACAGAAGCAGAAGCAGCAGUGGCAACACCUCAAAUAGAAAGUGAAGAGCACAUUGUAAAUGAAAGCUGUAAAAUGGAUGAUGCAGACAAAUUGAGUGAAGAUAUGUUUGGUGAUGAAGAACCAGAAUAUCAGAAUGUUAAGGAGACCAGAAACACUAUAGAAGAACUAAGAAAGAAAUUAGAGGAUAAGGCCACAGAGUUGGAAGAAGCUAGGAAAAAGAUACUUUCCUUUGAGGAAGACUGUCAGUUGGAUUCUGGGGAAAUUAUGAGCAUCAAGGAAUUAAUUGCAUCUAAUCAAGAACUGAGGAAAGAAUUACGAGAAAAGUCUGAAGAACUAGAAGAAACUGGUAAGAAAAUAGAAGAACUUAAAUCAACAGUUGUAUGUGAGGAGUCUAUAGAUCAUCUUAAAAGGGAGCUUACCAUUUCCAAAGAGAAGAUAGUUAUUCUAGAAUGCCAAGCAGAGAAGCAAGAAUCAGAUUUUGACAAUAAGAUUUCAGAAAUUAUAGCAGAAAAGGAUAGUGAAAUGGAAAUGUUCAUCACCAACUUUUCAGAUAAAGAAGAGGCACUAGAGGAGAAACUGAAAGAACUUGAGUCAGCUAAUUCCCAUGUUGUGGAAAUGAGGAAAACACUAGCAAGUAAAGAACUAGAGGUUCAGAAUCUUGUUGCUGAAUGUAAUACACUCAAGACUACAGUUAGUGACCUAGAGAAGCAGCUGUUAGAAGAGCAAAAUAAAUCUGAUGAAAUGACAAGUAAAUAUCAGAUCAUGGAGAAAGAGAAUUCAGACAGUUCUAUAGAAACAGAAAACAGAAUUCAAGAACUUAAGAACAUUAUUGCUAGUCAUGAAACUGCUCUUACAGACAAAGCUGAACAACUAGAAGAGAUGAAGAAAUCUAUGGAACAUCAGAAGGAACUUCUGGUUACAGCAGAAGCAGAAAAGCAAGAAAUCAGAGAGAUAAGUGAAAGGAACAUGCUUCAAGAAUUACAUAAUGCUUCCAUUAAGACUGAGACUGAGAAGACUCUUGACAGAGUUGACCAUUCUAUUUUAGGUGACAAACUUGAUGAACUGAAGCAGCUAAAAGAAGAGUACAUCAUGAAGGUCAAAGAACAUAAACAACUGCAGGAUAGCAUGGAAAACCUUAGGAUUAUUCUCUCAAAGAAGGAGGAGGCAUUGGAGACCUUAAACACUGAACAUGAACUGGAGGUUUCCUCUUACAUUGAAAAUCUAAAUAACAGGGAUGAGAAGAUACAGGAGCUUGAAACUGUAAUCGCUCAACACAAUGAGGAGCGCACAAACAUGGUAAUGGCACUUGAUGCUAAAGAUCACAAAGUUCAGCGCCUCACCUCAGAGCUGGAAGAGAGCCAUCAAAGCCUACAAAAUAAGGAAAGGGAAUUCCAGCUUUACCUAGAUUCAGCUGAAUCAGAUAUGUCCAGUCAAGUGAAAGAACUUCAAGCAGAGGUUGAACAUUUAAAUAAACUCCAUAACGAAGUGUGUGAGGACAGGAAGAAUAUGGCAGAAGCCAUCAAAACUAAAGAGGACAUUGUAGAGACUUUGCGGUCUGAGCAACAUACUUUGAAAAAUGAUUUGGAAACUUUAACUGAAAAUUUGAUGGUAACUAGAGAGAAGCUGGGGGCUUAUGAAGAUAAGGUAAAUGAGAAGAACAACAUCAUAUCAAAGCUGGAAUCUGAACAGGAAAAACUCCAGAAUGAUAUUCUGAGUCUCAAAUCUCAAGAAGAAAAUUCUAAAGGGGAAGAAGUGGAGAAGUUGGUAGGAAUUAUUGAGAAGUAUGAAAAUGAAAUAUCAGAAAAAGAAGAGCAUCUGUGCAAUAUUUCCAAAGAGGUAGAGGGCAAGGACUCUCAUAUCUGUAAUAUUGAGAAAGAGAUUCUGAGCCUGCAGAAGAGCAAUGAAGAUAUGGCAGAGGAAUUGAAAGAGUUCAAGGAAGUCAAAGAAAGAUACAGCCAGCUGGAAAAGGAAGUGGCAGAGCAUAAAAGAGAUUCACUCACUGAGGCAGAUGGCCUUCAACAGAAAGUUCUGGUUUUGGAAAAUAGCCUUUCUGAGCUAAAGAUAGAUUAUAAGCACAAGGUUGAGAAAUUGGAAGAAGAAAUAUCCUGUCAUCUCUUUGAAAAAGAAAACCUGUACAAGAAGCUUUCGGAAUCUGAAGUUAAGUUGGAUGAAAUUAAUGCUGAACUGAAUGAUGUGCAUGAAAAAUUGGCACAGGCAACAAAAGCAUCAGAUGAGAAGACUGAACUUUUAGAUCUGGCAAAGUGCACUGAGGAUCAGUUGAACAGCAAGAUAGAGAAUUUGGAGGAAGACCUAGAAAGCUUCAGCAGCUGUUUAACUUCAAAGGAGGAAGAAUUAGGAAAACAAAAGGCAGCCAUCUGUCUUUUAGAAGAAGAAAAACUGAAGCUUGAAGAAGAAAUCACAGACUUACGUGCUCAAGGGAAGGCACUGGAUGACCAGUUGGAGUCAAAUAAUACACAGAUUGAAGAGUUGGUGAGGAUAAUUGAGAAAUAUGAGACAGAAACCUCAGAAAAGGAUAUGCAACUGCAAAAAUAUGAGACAGAUAGAUCAGAGAAAGAAGAACAGUUGCAAAAUUUGGUAACAGAAAUUGAUUGCAAAGAGUCAAGUAUCAGGGAAGCUGAGAAAACAAUACUGUCUCUUCAUGAAAAGAAUCAGGAGAUGCUUGAUAAGCUACGAGAAUUGGAAGGACUAAGAGAUAAAUAUUGCAAACUUGAGAGAGAACUGCAAGAGCAAAGUAACAUGAAAAGUUUAGAAGAUUUACCUGAGAAACUGAGGAACACUGAGAAAAACCUUGCAAUCCUUCAGGCUGAAUAUGAAGAAGAGAUUAGGGGAUAUAAAAGAGAAAUUACUGAAUAUAUGUCACAACAUGAAGAAGUUGUUCAAAAACUUUCACAGACUGAAGAUGAACUGCAGAACUUCAAGGAACAGAUUCAGAUAUUGAAGAAGGAAUUAUUAGAGAAAGAAAAUGCACUGGAGGUAAAAGAAAAGGAAUGUGCAAAACUUGAUUCAGAACAUGCAGAUGCAUUUAUACAACUAAGAAGGACGGAAACUGAAGUAAAAAGAUUAAAAGAAGAAAUUAACUUGUACAGAACUGAACAAGAAGAGAAGGGAGACCAAGGACACAAUGCUCAGCAUGAACUCUCCAUGAAGUUGAUGAAGACUGAGGAAGACCUGCAGCACUGUAAAGAACAGCUUCAUAGCCUUCAGAGGGAACUGCAAAAGAAGGAAGAGUCAUUAAAAGAAAAGGAGCAUGAGUGCACAAGACUUGACAUUGAAAUGGAUGAUAUUGUGCAGCACUUUAAGAAGGAAGGACAGACGAAGGCAGACAUGAUCUCGGACAUGACCAAGGAAUUAACAAAGGUGCAAACUGAACUGAAUGAAACAAAGCAGAAAUUCACAGAUUCCAUAAUGAUUUGCAAACAGACAGCAAACAGUGAUGGUGAUGCUACAGUAGGAGGAAUUGAUGAGUUACAGAGUCAAAUUACAGAUCUGAAGGAAGAACUGAAGUCCAAGGAAGAGGAAUGUGUUCGUUUAAAUGCAGAAAUGGAUGACAUUGUUGAGCAUUAUAAAAAAGAGGGAGCCUUAUAUAGCAGUAUGUAUAAUGAACUUUCAGAUAAAUUGAAAAAGACUGAAAAUAAUUUGUCUCUGACUAAAUCAAAACUGAUGGAAAAUUCUGUGUCUGAUAAUUCCAGUCUUACAGUGCAAUAUUUGAAAGAACAGCUGCAAGAUCAUGAGAAACAGCUAGAGACAUUAUUGAAGGAAAAGGAAGAUCUACAAAAGGAAAUAGACACUCUUAAGACUCACAACAAGAAUCUGGAGUAUACUACUGAGAAAAUGAGUACCCAAGUAGAAGAAGUAGAGCAAGUGAGGGCUAGUUUACAAGAAGAAGUGAAGGUGAGCAGUGACACUGUUGACACGCUCUUGGAACGACUUGGAGACAUGGACAAAUUCAAACUGGUGUAUGAGGAAGAGAAGGCUAUUCUUGAGAAACAAAUAAAAGACUACCAACAGAGAGUUGAGAUGCUUAUGGUUUCAGCUGGUGAGACAAAAGGUGGUAUGCAACAAGUUGAGAUGAUGGAAAAAAUUAAGAUGUUAGAAUGUGACUUACAGGCCAGUCAAAAGAACUUUGAAGAUGUGGCUGAUGAAGUAAAUAGGUGGAAGCAGGAGUAUACCAGACAGUAUGAAGAAUGUGAGGGUCUGAAAGCAAAACUUGUAAAAGCAGAAUUCCUCAUGGAUGAGCAGAAGGGAAAAUAUGAAGAGGAACUCUCCCAGCUCUCAACACGCAUCAAUACUCUAAUGAACAGUUCCUCCAUGACCACACCUGGCUUGAACACUACAGGAAAGAAGAAGAAGAACAGGGCAAGUGACAUGGAAGAACAGAGAAACCAGUAUAUCUUGCUGUGCUCAGAACGGGAGGAAAAAAUCAAGGAGCUGGAGAAAACCCUGGAAGAUCUGAGACGCUCACAGGGAGUUAUCUCGAAUGUUGAGGCAUUCCAGCGUGAACUGGCAUGGAUGAAGGAAAAGAUGGAGGCUGCAGAAAAAGAUCGUGAUUUGCUAAAUACAAACUUUGAUUGCUUGGAGAAAGAUUAUGAACAACUGCAAAAGGAAAAUGAGGAACUCCAGGCAAGCUGUGAAAGGGGAUCCUUCACAGAGACUGCUGAUGAAGUCAAGCAACUGAAAAAGAAAAUUGAACAAUUAUCAAAUGAAAAUACAUCUUUAAAGAAUGAUUCCGGGGUGAUGUCAAAGAACUCCUCUGCAAGUGUUGAGGAAGAAACCAGUCUUCGCGACCGUCUGGUGGUUAUUGAACGUGAGAAUAAUGAACUGAGGUUUAGACUUCGUGCUCUCAAUGCUCCAGCUGAGAAGGAGGUUCAGAACUUGAGAGAGGAGCUGGCUUUUGCAAAUCAGAAGGUAACCCACCUGAAGGCAGAGUUACGCCGCUUACAGAAUAACAAAUACAUGGAUUCUACUAUUUGUGAAAUGAAGGGAACCAGCAGCCAUCACUCUGAGGAAGCCAAAACUGAACAGUGUGAAGGGGGAAGCUUUGAUUAUAGCAGUGGAAGUGGUGUAGUUAUGGAAGUUCAGGUCUUAGGCCUCAAGAAUAUGGUUUAUCAUUUGGAGAAGGAUAAAAAACAACUACAGAAUGAGUGCAAGAUCAUGGAACAGCAUGUUGAUCAUUACAAGAAAAAGGCUCAGGAGUGGAAAGACACAGCCACCAAAGAAAAGAAACUGGGGGAGAAGAUGACAAAGGAACUAGAAAGCAAGCGAGCUGAGAUAAAGCAGUACCAGACUGCAGUUGAGGAGAAUCGUAGUAUCAGCGAAAGGCAGAAGUUUGAACUUGGUCAGCACAGGGAAACAAUUGCCAAGCUGGAGAAGGAAAAGCAAGAGCAUUUGCAGAAGAUGCAUGAUUCCACUGCAGUCACAAGCAGCAUAAGAAGGCAGACUAUAUUAGGACCAGUGAAGGAAUUGACUUCAGACUUUAGUAAAGGUGCAACCAAUUACGAAGAAGGAAAGAACAGGAGUACUUCCAUGGCUCCCAGUUCUACAGGAAGCCAGCUACAUCUAGGAACUCACAAUGCACCGCUUCCCAGUCAGACAAGAAUUGAGCGCCUCCCAGGUGCUAAAAUUCCAUCUGCCGAAGCUCAGAAAACUGAUGGCAAGGUUCCAAUGUGGCAGAGUUUAAACAAAGAAAAUAAAGAUUACUCUAAGUACUAUCUCCCAUCUUCCACAAAAAAGAAACAGGAUGAGGAAUGCAAAACACAGUGAUUUCUUACAUGUGUAAUUACUAAAGUAAGAGGGCUUCAAUUAAAAUUUCAUACUAAGGAUUGUGUGAUUUUGUUAGGAAUAUCUUUGUAUUAGUUUCUGUAAUCUAAUACAGUUAUCAGCCUAUUCUGCCACUUGUUAGAGGGAAUCCUUUCUUCAUUAUAAAAUUUAUGUCUAAGAUUAAGAAAAAGUGAAUCGGUAUUAUCAUAAUACUGGUCAUCACCUAGAAUUAAUUUGCAAUUUUUUUUUUAAGACUGCUAUUUUCUAAGAGAACAUGACAUAUUUUAAGUUUGCUAAUCACUUUGAUUGAACUUUUAUUUCGUCAAAUACAAUGGACUUUUUUUUACUUCAGAUUUAUCUUUUAUUCAUUCUUGCCCAUCCUAUACCUCUUUGUACAUAUACUUUGUUUUAUAUUAAAAAUGUAAAUAUCUUUAAAUAAAAAUCUACCA